UUUUUGUUCAUGUUUCUUUUUUCAAUAAAUCUGAAUCAUUGUGAAACCGAGCGCGUCGACACUUCCUGUAUCACCUGUUUGCAGAUCAGCGCUGUCAGCGUCUGGAGUCUAGACGGACAGAGAAGAUCAACAAAGAGUCGAGUAAGAAGAGCACGCUCGUGAAUGUGCCUUCGAUCUUAUCAGACCCCGACAGGAAACCACAUGUACGCUGGUCUGAAGUGUGUGGCAGGCGCACACGUCCUUCUUUUAUGAUCUGAUGACGCCCCAGAUUAUAAUAAGAAAGGGCUAAUAAUUUCUCAUAGAAUCACGUAUUUAUCACCUCUCGUCUUACUACCGACCGCUGAGAGGAGGCCGUGCCGCCACUGUUGACCUGCAGGAGGCAGGGUUCAAACCACCAACCGUCUGAGCCGCCAGUCACAGGAGAAGAUUAUGCUAGAGGUUCGAAAUGUUUCGUGAUGAUAAACAACGUAGGGGGAAAAGUCUCACAGUUUGGCCAUGAUGUCAGAUUCUCUCUGAACCUCAUUUCAACACAUCCACAUGUUAGACUUCACCAGCGUUUUCUGAAAAACCCCAAACAUCACAUCAAAGUGCUCAAAGUCCUGCGCCCUUUUCAGCCUCUGUGACGGUCUCUCCCAGCAGGUCUCAGUAUUUCGAGUAUGAGAAGGUUUCUGUGAGCUGUGAGCAGUUCGGCUCGGGUGGAUGGACGGUGUGGAGAUACACGAGAGGUUCGGAACAGAUCUUGUCCCAGUGCGGGUCAGGCUGGGGCAGCCAGACUUCCUCCACCUGCGACAUGAAGACGGUCAAGCUGUCUGACAGUGGAGUGUACUGGUGUGAGUCCAAACACAGAGACAGCAGCGACACCGUCAACAUCACUGUAACCGGUGGAUCAGUGAUCCUGCACAUUCCCGUCCCUCCUGUGAUGGAGGGACAUGAUGUGACUCUGUACUGUAAAGGAAAGACCUCUCCCUCCAACCUCCCCGCUGAUUUCUAUAAAGACGGCCUCCACGUGAGCACUGAGCCUACGGGUCACAUGACCAUCCGCAAUUUUACCAAGUCUGAUGAAAGUUCCUACAAAUGUCGCAGCAGUGAACAUGGAGAGUCUCCACCCAGCUGGCUGCUGAUGAAAGGUGUUUCUGAUCCAGCCUUACUCACAGCGUCACCCAACUCGACUCAGCUGUUCGAGUACGACAAUCUGUCUCUGAGCUGCGGCGACAACAGCAGCGCUGGCGGAUGGAAAGUCAACAGGGCCACAAGAACCACAACCUCUGGCGACAAGUUGAGCUUGCAACGAUGUGGAGCAAAGUGGGGGACUUCUACACCCUUUGGCUGCGUCCUCCAAACAGCCAAAAAGCGUGACAGCGGAAUUUACUGGUGUGAGUCUCCGGCAGGGCAGCGGAGCAACUCUGUCAACAUCACCGUCUACGAUGGAUCAGUGAUCCUGCAGAGUCCAGUCCUCCCUGUGAUGGAGGGAGAUAACGUGACUCUGCGCUGUCAAACAAGGACCCGUCCCUCCAACCUCACCGCUGCUUUCUAUAAAGACGGCUCGCACAUCAGGACUGAGCCUACAGGUCACAUGACCAUCCAGCACGUGUCCAGGUCUGAUGAAGGUCUCUACAUGUGUCACAUCAGCGGUCAUGGAGAGUCUCCGCCCAGCUGGCUGUUUGUUCGAGAUCCCCAUGAAACGGCCCCGUCCGCCGCAGAUCCAACCCAGUCUGUGCUGAGAGUGAUCCGCCACCUUGUGGUGAUCUCGCCGUACUGCAUCUCCACUGUCCUCAUGGUGUCUUUCUAUUGUCACACAGGAAGGAACCGGCCUGUUUCUAUGGCGAUGUCUCCGACCAGCGAGGACGAUGAGGGACUGGACCGACCGUAUGAUGAAGCCGCUGAUGAUGUCACCACGGAGCAUCACUUCUAAACCAAAAUGUCUGACUCAGUUUUGUUCG